AUGAUGCUCUUAUUCUACACAGUUAUAUUUUUUCUUGCUGCGACCUGGGUAGAUGCCAUUGGGACCCCCAAGAAGCCCCCAGCGAGCGCAAUAAGAAUACCAAAAGGCGAUUCAUGUGAUUUACCAACUCUCUCUGCCACUGGCGUUCCUCUCAAAGGUCAAGCUUUCGGCCUCUUCCCGAAUCAAAGAAGUCGAUCACCUGGGACCGCAACAAGCCGCACCAACCCUCAAACAAAGAAACUUACCUGCCCUGGUCGGUCGAGUGCUCAAUGCUGUGAUCCUACCAAGCUCAAAGUAGACAUCACUAAACCAUUGGAUCAGCAGACAGCAGUUGAUCGUCUCCUCCAGGUUACACCUCUGUCGGUUAUAGCAGCCUGUCCAAACGUUGUAUGGUCUGUUUAUUUCUUCCAGAUGUUGAAUAUCAGGGAAUUGGAGUCAAGGAGUGAGCUUAAAAUAUCAAACCCUAACCUUUCUUGUCCUCAGAUUCGCAUUGCCCCUUUUGAAUGA